AUAUAUAUAUAUUUAUACACGGAGUUUACGCAUCCGGGGAAGCUGUGUGUGUAAGCGUAUGCCUUCCUUAAAUUAUAAAUAAGCGAAGAGCAAAUGCCGCGGGGAUAAAAUUAAAACUCUUUAAGAGGUGCACACAAACGCGAUUCGAUGCUGGAGAACUUGACGCGAUUAAGUUAGUGGAUUGGAACGAGGCGGAGAACAAUUAAGAAAAAACUUUUGCGAAAGCAAUUUGGACGACAGACAGGACCAGAAAACAGCCCAAAAACCGCAGUCACCAUGUACGGAAUGCUGUACGAGAGCGUACAGCACUACAUUCAGCAGGAGUACGGGAUGGAGACCUGGAGGAAGGUAUGCCAAAUAGUUGAGUGCAAGCAUCAGAGCUUCAAGACGCACCAGAUCUACCCGGACAAGCUGAUGCCGGACUUUGCUGCGGCCCUGUCCGCCACCACCGGCGAGUCCUUUGACUUCUGCAUGAACUUCUUUGGCCGCUGUUUCGUCCGCUUCUUCAGUAACUUCGGCUACGACAAGAUGAUCCGCUCCACAGGACGGUAUUUCUGCGAUUUCCUGCAGUCCAUCGACAACAUCCACGUGCAGAUGCGCUUCACCUAUCCCAAGAUGAAGUCGCCCAGCAUGCAGCUGACCAACAUGGACGACGACGGAGCCGUUAUCCUAUAUCGAAGUGGGCGGACUGGCAUGUCCAAGUACCUGAUUGGCCAGAUGACCGAGGUGGCCAAGGAGUUCUACGGCCUGGACAUGACGGCCUACGUCCUGGAGAGCCAGAACGACAUCUGCGGGGGCACGGCGGGUCCUAUCAAGCUAACCGAGGGUCCUUUGACCGUGAUAGUUAAGUACCGACUGGACUUCGACAACCGUGACUACAUGGCCAAGCGGGUGAACGUCAUCGCCCAUCCCUCUCAGCUCAAGAUGCCCUCGGUGGACCUGAACGUGUUUCUGGAGCUGUUUCCCUUCACCAUUGUGCUGGAUCAUGACAUGAGAAUCACACUCGCGGGCGAGAAGAUCGUAGAGACCUGGAUCCUUCAUAACCCAGGCGUAAACCCAAAGAGCUUCAUUGGUAGCCACAUUAUGGAUCGCUUCAAGUGUCGACGGCCCAAGGACACACAGGUCGAAUGGGAGACCAUUCUCCAGAUGAGGACAGUGCUCUUCGAGUUCGAGUUGAUCCGCACGGGUCACAACCGUGCCGCCUACGAUGCGGCCUUGAACUUUGACUUCGACACCUUCGACGAGGCCAGCAGUCUGAACGAGGCUCAGGCCAUGGCCUUGGCCAGUGCCAAGGAGUUCAGUGCGGAGCACGCCAGCGAUGAGGCAGCUGCAGCCGGCAACUCUAAGGACGAAAUCGAUCCGGCCACGGGUCAGAGGCGCCACUCGGUGGGUCUCCGAUCAAUCCUGCUGAAGGGUCAGAUGUUCUACAUCAAGGAUGUGGACUCGCUGAUCUUCCUGUGCAGUCCGCUGAUCGAGAAUCUGGAUGAGCUGCACGGCAUUGGUCUGUACCUGAACGAUCUCAAUCCUCAUGGCUUGAGUCGAGAGCUGGUGAUGGCCGGAUGGCAGCACUGCUCCAAGCUGGAGAUCAUGUUCGAGAAGGAGGAGCAGCGAUCGGAUGAGCUGGAGAAGUCCCUGGAGCUGGCAGAUUCAUGGAAACGGCAGGGCGAUGAACUGCUCUACUCCAUGAUCCCUCGUCCCAUUGCCGAGCGAAUGAGGAAGAGCGAGGAGCACGUCUGCCAGACCUUCGAGGAGGUGUCGGUCAUCUUUAUCGAGGUGCUGAAUGUCUAUGACAGCGGGUCCAACAAUAUUCAAGAUGCCAUGCAGGCGGUGACCACUUUGAACAAGGUCUUCUCGGCCCUGGACGAGGAGAUAAUUUCCCCCUUCGUGUACAAAGUGGAGACUGUGGGAAUGGUGUACAUGGCGGUCUCUGGAGCUCCAGACAUCAAUCCCCUCCAUGCGGAGCAUGCCUGCGAUCUGGCCCUGAGGGUGACGAAGAAGGUCAAGGAUCACGCUCUACCCGGCGUAGCCAUUCGGGUGGGCAUUAAUUCGGGACCCGUGGUAGCCGGCGUGGUUGGCAUGAAGGUGCCCCGGUACUGCCUCUUCGGGGACACCGUUAACACCGCCUCACGCAUGGAGAGCAGCAGCGAUCCCUGGAUGAUUCAGCUGUCCAACUAUACUGCCCUUAAGGUGAGGAAGGUUGGCUACAAGGUUGAGGCGCGGGGGUAUGUCAAGGUCAAGGGAAAGGGCGAGAUGGAGACCUACUGGCUCUUGGAGGGACCACAAUAAUGUUCUAGAGUUCACAAAAAUGUAAUUAACCAGAAUGCAUAAUAUAGAAAACAGAGGGAACACUUUGAUAAGAUACAAGAAUUUAAAAAAACAUAUUUUGAAAAGCUUGAUUAAAGAGGUGGAAAACCUCACGUUUGUCCAAUCAUCUCAAAUUGCAGCUAUGACUACAGAAACUCUGAAAACUAAUAUUUUGAAAUGCAUAAUCUGGUUUUGGUUUAAAGUUUAAAUAAAAACCUAGCCUUGACCAUGAGCUGACAAAGGCUGU